CACAGACUCUCUUCAUUUCUCAUCUGGAUUUUAAAAAGAAACAGAAGUUAAUAAAGAAUGAAGACAAACACUUUUAAGAAGAUCUUUGGAGAUAUUUGUUUCUGAGUAGGCAGCAGUACUUUGUUAUAGCUUAUUUACCAUUAUGUAAGGUUCAGAUUGCUGGAGCUCAAACAGGGGAAAUGGCUUCACUAAAUGUUUCGGCAGAAGAUCUUUCUUGUCCCGUGUGCUGUGAAAUCUUCAAGAAUCCUGUAGUUUUAUCAUGCAGUCAUAGUUUCUGUAAAGAGUGUCUUCAACAGUUCUGGAGAACCAAGAAAACUCAGGAGUGUCCUGUUUGCCGGAGUUCUUCAAGAGAUGACCCUCCGAAUAAUCUUAUAUUAAAAAACCUGUGUGAGUUGUUCCUAAAGGACAGAAAUGAGAAAUGUUCAUCAGCAUCAGAGAAGAUCUGCAGUUUACACAGUGAGAAGCUCAAACUCUUCUGUCUGAGAAGCUGUCUGGAGGACAAACAGCCUGUGUGUUUAGUGUGCAGAGACUCCAAACAACACGACAAUCACAAAUUCAGACCCAUCAGUGAAGUGGUUUCUUCCUCCAAGGAGGAGCUCAAUACAGCACUGAAGUCUUUACAAUACAAACUUAAACACAUGGAGCAAGUUAAAGACGAGUUUGAGAAAACCCUUCAACACAUUAAGAAUCAAGCCGAUCACACAGAGCGUCAGGUUAAAAACGACUUUGAGAGGCUUCAUCAGUUUCUCAGAGAUGAAGAAGAAGCUACAAUCACUGCGCUGAGGGAGGAAGAGGAGCAGAAGAAGCAGAUGAUGAAGGAGAAGCUGGAGGAGAUGAACACACACAUCUCAGCUCUUUCACACACAAUCAAAGACACGGAGGAGAUGCUGAAAGCCAAUGACGUCUGCUUUCUAAAGGAGUUUCCAGUCUCGAUGGAAAGAGUCCAGAUCUCACAGCCGGAUCCACAGACGCCUUCUGGAGCUUUGAUUCAUGUGUCUCGCUACUUGGGGAACCUGCCGUUCAGAGUCUGGAAGAAGAUGCAGGACAUCGUCCACUACACUCCUGUGAUUCUGGAUCCAAACACUGCAAAUCCACGCCUGGUCCUUUCUGAUGAUCUGACCACUGUGAGGUUCACCGGGAAAGAUCAGCCUGUUCCUGAUAAUCCAGAGAGAUUUGACUAUUAUGAGUGUGUUCUGGGUUCAGAGGGUUUUACCUCAGGAAAACACUGCUGGGAUGUGGAGGUCAAAGAGAGUCGAUGCUGGAGUCUUGGAGUAACUACAGCGUCAAACCAGAGGAGGGGAUGGGUUUUCUUUAGGACCGGUGUCUGGGGUGUGCAGUAUGGUUGUACUGUAAGGUCUGAUUUUCAUGUUAAUCAGGAUCUCGAGCGUGUGAGAGUUGAUCUGGACUGUGACAGAGGAACAGUGUCUUUCUCUGAUCCUGUAACAAACACACAUCUACACACAUUCACAACCACCUUCACUGAGUCUGUCUUUCCUUUUUUCUAUAGUUUGAUGUCCUCUCUGAGGAUCUUACCGUUCAGUCGGUGAAAGCUAGACCUGUAGGUCUGCAUCUUCUUUCAUAGACAGAUUAACUUAAAAAUGACUGACAAAACUGGUUUCUGUGACUUUGGU